AUGGACGGAGUGGGGGUGCCAACCUCUAUGUAUGGUGACCCACAUGCCCCUCGACCUAUCCCACCGGUACACCAUUUAAACCACGGACCCCCUUUACAUGCCAGCCAGCACUAUGGGACUCAUGCCCCCCACCCCAAUGUUAUGCCCACCAGCAUGGGGUCUGCUGUCAACGAUGCCCUUAAACGGGACAAAGAUGCCAUUUAUGGACACCCCCUCUUCCCUCUUCUAGCUCUGGUCUUUGAGAAAUGUGAACUGGCGACGUGUACCCCGCGGGAGCCGGGAGUAGCAGGAGGGGACGUGUGCUCGUCCGAUUCCUUUAAUGAAGACAUCGCUGUAUUCGCCAAACAGGUCAGGGCAGAGAAGCCCCUUUUCUCCUCUAAUCCGGAGCUGGAUAACUUGAUGAUCCAAGCCAUCCAAGUCUUGCGGUUUCAUCUCUUGGAAUUAGAAAAGGUCCACGAAUUGUGCGAUAAUUUCUGCCAUCGAUACAUCAGCUGUUUGAAAGGAAAAAUGCCCAUAGAUUUAGUGAUUGAUGAGAGGGACGGGAGUUCGAAGUCUGACCACGAAGAACUGUCGGGAUCCUCCACUAACCUCGCAGACCACAAUCCUGCCUCAUGGCGAGAUCACGAUGAUGCAGUAUCCACACAUUCUGCUGGAACGCCGGGACCCUCCAGUGGUGGCCAUGCUUCACAGAGUGGGGACAACAGCAGUGAACAAGGUAGGACCCACUUUAAAAUUAUAAUUAUUAUUAUUAUUAUUAUACAGUAUUUAUAA